AUGACACAGCCUCUCAAGCACGUAGUUUUCGACGUCGUCGGCACCUGCGUAUCAUUCGACGCCUACUACGAACGCAUAGACUCAGUCUUAGGUGCAAAACUUCGCCAUCAUUACGUAACCCCGCAACACUUCGGGUACACCUGGCAGACAGCUGCUGAGCUGGAAUUCACCUUCUUGUCCAUCUCCGAAAGCUACAAGCCUUACAAGGACAUUCUCCGAGGACUAUUCUACCGGACCCUCAGUCUUUGUGGCAUCGCUGAUCCUCGGGCUAUAGCCACUGAAGAGGAGCGGGAACAGUGCAUCGAAGGCUAUUCCGCUUUACAGCUGCGACCUGGCUGUCGGGAGACGUUCCAGUUGCUGCGCGACAACGGCUUUACAGUCUGGUGCUUCACCACCGGAGAUGUGCAACGGGUCAGAGGCUAUUUCGAGCGCGCCGGUGUAGACAUGCCGCUGGAGAAUUUCAUUAGUUGCGACAAUACAGGAGUGGCUAAACCCGCUCUCCCCGCCUAUCAGGCUGUAUGGAAACGACUUGGGGCAAACGAUGUGAAAUGGUUCGCUGCAGCGCACAUGUGGGAUGUCGCAGCGGCCACAAAAGUCGGUUUUCGUGGAGCAUGGAGCUCGGUGUACGAGAGGGAAGCUUGUCUCGACGUUUUUAGUGACGUGAAGUUAGAGGUGGUGGCUGGAGGUCUCAUGGAAAUGGCGCAGGAGAUUGUAGAUAAGUCUCAAUGA